CGUUCCUCUCAUAAAAUCGUUCGUUUCCUGUUCCGCUGUUUCUUACAUUCUUUAAGCUUUUGCUCAUCUUGUUGCUUCUUUUUAGCGGAAAAGGUGGUUCCUGUCAUUCGAUUGUCUUUUUAGCUUUCUUUUUCGGUAUUCAAGGAACAAAAAACCGGUCUUCUUUUUUAAAAACUAAAGAAAUCAAGUAUGGUUGCCUGAUAAUUGAUCCGAAAGGGAGAGGGAAAGGGUGGAGAAGAAGAAGAAUGAGGACAUUAAGGAUUGGUCUCAUCCAAUGGAUCAAGGUUAAGAUCGUCGAUCCGUUCUUUCAGAUCGUCCGGAGGGGAGCUGAACCUAAGCAACUGGCAUUUUCUGCUGCCCUUGGGAUCACUUUGGGUGUAUUCCCCAUAUGUGGUGUAACAGUGUUUCUUUGUGGAAUGGCAAUCGCAUUGCUUGGCAAUGUCUGCCAUGCUCCCACUCUGAUGCUUGCUAACUUUGUUGCCACUCCAAUAGAAUUGAGCCUUGUGGUUCCCUUCUUGCGCUUUGGUGAAGUUGUUACUGGUGGUCCUCAUUUUCCUUUAACGACUGAUGCUUUACGUAAGGUUCUCACUGGAGAAGCAUCACGAGAUGUUCUUAUCAGCAUCUACCAUGCGUUACUUGGUUGGUUCAUUGCUGCUCCAGUCAUCCUUGCUGUAUUAUAUGUAUUAUUCUUCCCAUGCUUCAGGUACCUCAUUCGGAAAUUUAGCAUUCCUUCGGCGCCAAGUGCACCCCUUUAUUCUCUUUCUGAGAUCAGUGCCAAAGCAAGGGUUGUCUAACACGCUUGUUUUUCUGUUUUAACUUUGACUUGUAUAUUACCUUUGUUGGCCAGCUCCUCUGUAUAUAACUGUAGCCUGGCAAAUUGCAUUGUUGAAAUGCUGAAAUCUGUUGACCGAUUAUUUGAUUACUUAAAACUUCUCAGAUUGAUUUC